CAUUAAAUUCAAUUGACAAAUAAACUUUUAUAACACCAACAGCAGUGGUUAGAAAAAAAAAAUCGAAUCAAAUUUUUGCUCGCGUGUGAAAAAUGCCCUUCCGCCACUGCUGCUGACAAAGUAUUCGAAAACAAAAAACCCAGUGACUAACACACCAACAAAUGGCGCUAACGAACUUCUCACUACCCUUUGGUGCAGGUGCAUUGGCGCAACAAGUGCCUACGUGGACUGCCACGCUACCACCACUGCAUCCCGCACACCAAUUGGCUGCCAACACCAACAAUUUACUCUACUCGCCGGCCGAUCAUCAGCAGCAGCACGGUGACGAUGCACCGCCGCCGCCUGAGUCAGAAUUCUACAAAAAUAAUCCCUAUGCGCCACCACAACUACAUCAGCAGCAACAACAACAGAUACGUCAAUCAUAUCAAUACAAUAGCAACAACAACAAUCCAAGUACACAGAAUAAUAAUCGGCUGAAAAGUGGUAACACCUACUUGCCACCCAUACCGCCACCCGGUGCGCGUAAUACACAAUUUAAUAACCAAAAACAACAGCAGCCACAACAACAACAGCAUUAUAGUCAUUUCAGCAUAAAUCAACAGCAGCAGCAACAGCAACAACAGCGCCACCAACUUCAACAAACAAAUGGCAAUAAUGUCGCUUUCAAGACAGCCAUUUCCGCAUCGACUGUUGCCUCUGCCGCUGGCGGCACAGCCUCUGCUUCAGCGGCUUCGUCUUCGACUAGAACCUACGGUGAAGGUACAUACAAUCGUUUUGGUUCUGGAGGAGGAGCAUCAACAGCUCAACAGCAGCAACAGCAACAACAAAAGCAAUAUUAUAAUUCCUAUACUCACAGCACAUCCUCAUUUGUUGCUCAGUCCCAAUCGAAGACUCAAACACAAACAGGCCAACAGAGUUUUGGUUCUGCACCCAUUACCGAAGCACCACAACCAGCUGCAGUAUAUGGUGCAGUACCUACUCCGUCAGUGAGGACGGAUGAUGAAUUGAGCAGUGGCGAUGAUGGAGUGGGUGGUGCAGGAGAUGGCGGUGAUGGUGGUGCUGGCAACGAAGCAUAUCCUCAUCGUCCGCCAGGAUUUACGCGUGUUCAGGCUGGACAGGGCGGCCGCACACAGGUGCAUGCAGUGUUGGAUUAUGACGUGGAGGAGGGCGAAGAGGGAGAUUACUACGAUGAUGGUUAUAAGGAUGCCAAUAAAAAGUCAUCAAUGCCCACUGUGACGCCAAUACAAGGCCCCAUAUUCCUAAAAAAUGGAACAGCGCCGGUGGUACCGCUUUUCUCGUAUCCUACACUAAAUAAUGGCUCCUUCGUACAAAUACCGAUUUGGUGGACGGCAUUAUCUGUUGCCUUGGGUCUGGACGUGCGCGGUGAUUUAAUCAAAGGUGUGCCAUGCAUCAAACGCUAUCAUCAAUUAUUCUGUCCGACGGCGGGCAAUAGCUAUCCAAUUGACAAAAUCGAACGCUUCAUCGACGACAACAAAGCGCUAAUGCGUCGAAUGUAUGGCGAUUUCGAGAUGAAUCUCGAGCCCGGCGGACCACAGUCACAAACGAAGAAGCGCAAACGACGAUUCAUUGAUGACCCCGAUAUUUUCAUACCACCCGGAGCAUUUCCAGCGUUUGUGCCGGACGAUGGUGGCAGCACGGAACCACACGCAGAGGAGGCCGGCGAAAGCUACUUCGGCAAGCUGCGCAACAAACGUCAAACCAAUCGGAAUGCGAACAAGCCAAGCGUGAAUUCAUUUGCGAAUGCGGGCCAAAAUACGGGAAGAGUGGACGCCUGUGAGUCUAAAGUGGAGAUUGUCACACCUUAUUGGGCCUCCAAUUCGGCGGGCAAAAUACGCGCCAUUGUGAAUACCCAGCACUUUGAGCAGGCCAUACAUCAGGAGAUUUGCUCCACGCCAGCGACGUCGCGCUGUGAUCGCGACUGCGGCUGUGAGCAAAAGUAUAAAUGGCAUCGCCUAUUGGCCUACGAUCCGGACAAUGACUGCAAGGGCAUCUUCAUGGACUGGUUCCUCUUUCCGUCGUGUUGUGUGUGUAGGUGCAAGCCUUAAGUGCUGCGUUGGAUGAGCACUAUGAGACACCAAACAAAAUUGUUCCCUUUUAUUUUUAUUACACUUAAGUCAAAUAAGUAAUGUACUUAAGCACUUAAGCGGCUAAAUUAAGCACACAAGUCUCAGUUUUUUUGUAUUGAAUUAGAUAAUCAUUUUCAAAAACUAUUUUUUUGCUUAAUUCGCUCACAUUUUUAGGUUAAAAAAAUACAUUAAAGUAAGUGACUAUUUAGUUUAAGCAGACAAUGUUUGAUUGGCAACGCAGGUUGGCCACGUAAGGAUUAGAGAAAAAAACAUUUUUCUUUAGA